GCCGCCCUUGUCUGCGUCUCAGGCGGAGGGCAUCGCCGCAGAGGGCGUCGUCGCAGAAGGCAUCGUCGCGUGCCCAACGUUGUCGGGUUACGCCGUGUUCGUCGGGAACUGACCCCGGCCAAGGCCGCCUUCCUGACUGACCCCGACCCUGACGCCUUGAGUCCUUGUGCGUCCAUGUCUCACCGUGGUCAACUGACAAGUACCAGUCAGAAUGGGAAGAGAACAGAGGACUGCCCCGGGCGUGGGCAGCGGUAAUCAUGCCAAGGAACGGCAUAAGAGAGACCGCAGGGGCAACUUGCUGGAUUGGUCCGCCCCCUUACCGCCGGGCCUGGUCGCCCGCCCUGAGAAACCGCGCAUUAGCUCCAAGCACAAGUCGUGGUUCGAAUUCAUCGAGAACAAGGACAAGAAAAAGAAGCUCGAGUUCGAGUUCACCGACCAGCGGGAGCCGCCGCCAGGGUUCGAGUUUGUUCCCAUUGGGAACCCAGCGUUGACGACGGCUUGCAAAGAGCUGUCUCGAGAGCAGGAUGCUAUGAUAUUUAUUGUCACGUCACCGGCCCCUGGGUUCUCGAACAGACUCACCCGUCAUCUGAAUCGCGUUGGCCACCACAUCCGCCAGGGCAUCGUGGAGCAAGCACGCGCAUCCCUAGGGGAUCCGGAGCCUGGCGCCGCCGGCGUAGCAUCUGGCCUGCCCGAGCCUAUUCCAGAGAAGCAGGAGGACAUUAACAAACAGGCAGAUGCGGCCAUAAGGGAUUUGUUUCCUCGCAUUCCAAACACUGAUCGGCAAAUGAUCAUUGAGCACGCCUUCAACAAGUCGAGGCUGGACGGCAAGGGGGACCCGCCAGUUGGUCUCGCACCGGAUCUCACGCUGUCGCGCCGUGUACAGCUGGCAGUGCUUGCUCACAUCCGCCACAACCACACCAGAUAUGAUCAGCUACUCCGGGAAACGACCUAUGUCAAUGCGAGGAAGGCUGUUGAAUCCCUUUGUCUCGACAUCCUCGUCAAGUGGCGAGGAGACGAGGAGACGGGCCGGGACCAGCUUGACGAGAUCCUCUGCGAGGUCGUCGUCAUUUCAGACUCUGAAAGCGACGAGUCCGACGAGGACGAAGAGGAGGAUGAGUCCUCCGUUACUUCGUCGGCAGAGGAGAGCCCGCGGGAGCAGGCCGGGAGAGCGGUCGGGACAAACAGGGCGAUGGUGUCUCCCAUUGAUGCGCCCUUAGCCGCACCGACUAGGAACAAUUCUCGGGGUCAAACGCUCCCCCGAGCAGCCCAUGCACCCCAAAAGGUCAAGAAGAUCUCUGCCAAAGCGCGGAGGGAAGCCAAGUGGGCGCAACGGGGCUUCCACCGCUAUCAGGCGGCUCGCGACCAGGCUUGGCAUCAAGCCGUGGAGCGGCAACGGCUUGAGACUAACGCAGCACCAGCACCAGUGCAAUCCGCUGGCCUUGGCGCUAUGGGUAGCUCGGCCUGCCAUGAACCGCAGCCGCUGAUGCGGGAGGUCCGUGGCGCCGACGGGGUGGUGUGCAGCGCAGUCGAGCUGCGCUACAAUGAGCACCGCCCCCUUGACGCUUCCCUGCCUCCCGUAGAUCUGCCCCGUGAGCGAGCAAGCCGGAUUGAUGAGCUGCAGCAGGCCGUGCCCGAUACCGCCUACCGCCCGCCGCAACAGGCCCGAGCGCAGCAGGAUCAGCCCGGGUUUGGACCCAGACCUAUAGUCGGGUCACGAGCCGUUCCGUACGGCGCCCCUGAUGUUGAGCGGGUAGGCUAUCGUGACUUGGAUCUCAAGGAUUAUCCCGUGCAGUCUAUCGAGCCUGCCUCGCCGGAAUCCUCCAGCUUCGCCACCCGGCUGCCUCUUCCGUAUCGCCAGCCUGAGCCUGGUCUUGCGCAUGGCGUCGACGGCGCGGUGCGCUCGGCGACUUAUGGAGGUUUCAUUGGCCAAGAAGCCACAGCAGCCCAGACACAUCGUCCAGCCUAUGCCGAAGAUGGUUUCAUCAGGCUCCCUCCACGUGUUGACACCGAAGAUGGCUUCAUCAGGCUCCCUCCACGUGUUGACACCGAAGAAGGUUUCAUCAGGCUCCCUCCACGUGCUGAUAGAAGCUGGGCGGCCCCUGCCCCUGACCAACGCUCAGAACCUUUCGUUGUGCUACAUCCGCAGCCCGUCAACACGAUUAGAAGCAGUGGCGUCGGGGCCGCUGUUUCUGAUGCAUCCAGCACACGGCAUUUGUCGACUUGGCAGGAUGAUGAAGCGGCCCGUGCUGGCGAGCCGAUCGUCAGGUCGGGCAAUCAGCCGAUCUGGAUCCGGCGUGACGGGGCCACCCUUAGGUCGGAAUCCCGCCCCAUUCUUAUCCAGGACUAUCCCUCGCCGCCCAGGCAACCGCGCACGGAUUUCGCGCACGUGUCUUCGGAGGUCCGUCGUGCCUCUCCGACCCGGUGGACCAGCCGUGCCGGACAGACUACUGAGGCUGGCCUCGGUUGGGCGGAUGAGCGCAACAUGAGGCCCGCCGAUUCCAGGAUCGAUCAACGUAUCGAGACUUUGCAGAGCGACUUCGUGGAGAUUGUUCGAGUCUCCAACAAGUUCCCCAGGCAGCAUGAGCCUCGUCCAGCUCCUGCAAGUCCGGGAAGGUACAAUUUGCGGUCUACGGCCUCACGGCCGGGCGUGACACCGCAACCACACGACGGCGUAGUACGGUACGAGAUUGGGCGUCCUCCCAUGCAAAAUCAGCCGGUCGAACGAGUCGUGGCGACGGUCCAGCAACGCGCGUUCGUAGACGAAAAUGCGCCCUUUGCUACGGAACCACGAGAAGGAUACCAGCGGCAAGAACGCGUGGUUGGCAUCGAAUAUGUCCAUCCCCGUCCUCACUUCGAUGGCCGUACGCACUCGGACCGUUGGCCGCCUUAUGGUACGGAGGACCCCCUUUACCGUUCCCGGUCAACUUCCACGGUGCCUGUGCACCUCCCGGGUCUCCCGUACCAGCCACACGCUGCUCAGUCCGUCUCUCGGAGGGACGAUGUGAUUACGCUCGACUGACCGAGCCCGUGUCAUUUUUGGUCCGAGCAGAAUGACACGUGGUGCUCACGGGCUAGCCCCUUGCACUCUUCCGUGUCAGACAAGUUCUGUACAUAUUUGUACAUAUUUUAGGGUACAUACAUACCCCCGAGGUUCAUCAGCUGGGCCGAUCGUCGAUCACGCUAU